GUGAACAGUCGCUCGGUGACGAAAUUACCAACGAUUAGAUACAAGUGUCAUCGACCUGCAUCCCAAAGUUCGGCCAUUUACUUACAUCGUUCGAUUUUAUUAGUGAUGGCGUGUUAAUAUAAGUAAGGAAUUUACCUCCAUAAAAUUGACGUCAAGGAACCAUUAUUACAUAAGCAUUCACGAUGGAGACCUAUGAAGCCAAUGGCCUCCUGCACGAGAUGUUCGGUCGCCAGGCGCGCCUCACUCCAGAUGCGAUAGCGGUCGUGGAAGCAUCGGGGAGGACCCUCAACUUCCGGGAGCUGGACCGCCAGAGCGAAGCCCUGGCGACGCAUUUGAAAAACGUCGGCGUUCGCCCUGACACAUGCGUUGGGAUAUAUAUGGACAAAUGCAUCGAGUACGUCGUGGCGUACCUUGGCAUCCUGCGGGCCGGCGGAGCGUACAUGCCACUGGAUAUUUCUUACCCCGAGGCGCUUCUGCAGGACAUCCUUCAAGACGCGGAGCCCGUCGCUAUACUCACGGAGGAAACCCUUCAGAAAAAUGUCGCAGGGUAUAAGAACGUGCUGAUGAUGUCUCCGAGCUGGGAGAAGCACAUUGACGUGUCCCCACCCCCGGGCGACAUCCCUUUCCCAACCAUGGACAGUCUGGCCUAUGUCGUCUACUCAUCAGGAACGACAGGAAAACCCAAGGGGAUCAAGUGCCCACACCGAGGGGCGGUGUUCUCCUACACGGCACGUCACGAGGACUAUCCCUAUGGCGACAACGAGAGGGAGGCGUGUAACGUCUUCUUCGUUUGGGAGCUUCUGAGGCCACUCGCUAAAGGUGUACCCAUGUACAUUAUCCCGAGCGACGUGAUUUACGACCCCACGCGCCUGUGUGACUACAUCCGGUCUAACGAAAUCACCCGGAUGCUGUUCACGCCAUCUCUCCUUGAGGCGGUGCUCAACACGCCGGAUAUUGACCUCCAAACAGGACUGAACUCAAUGAGGACUAUAGUGUUUUGUGGUGAGGUGGUCACUACUUCCCUGAUGGGCAGAUGUCUCGAGACGUUACCAUGGAUACGAUUCCUCAACCUGUACAGCGUCUCCGAGUGUCAUGACGUCUGCUGCGAGGAUCUAAACGCGUACUUCGCUUACAACAAGGACGCUCUUGCGACCCGGAAGUUCUGUCCAGUUGGGCGGAUUAUCCCCGGGGUGCAGGUGGUCAUCCUGGACAACGAUUUUCGGCCCCAGGGGGUCGGUAGCUCUGGGGAGAUUUAUGUUGGCGGCCCAACGCUAGCACAUGGUUACAUAAAUAGACCGGAAAUACAAUCAACGCGCUUUAUCCGGCGCCCGGACAGCGUACCGGAAGUGUGCGGCCCCACGCUGUACCGCAGCGGCGACUGGGGUUACAUGCUGUCCGACGGAAGUCUGGAGAUAUGCGGCCGCUGCGACACCAUGGUCAAGAUACGGGGAUAUUCUAUUGAGAUUCAGGCGGUGGAGGCGGCGCUCAUGGAAUUGUCGAUGGUUCACGCAUGCGUAGUGCUGGUAAAAGGAGCGGAAGGAGAAGACAAGUUCCUUGUGUCCUACAUCGUACCGUCUCAUGAAACUAACCGGAAGUCGGUCCGGGACGCUCUUAAAAAGCGCCUUCCAUUCUACAUGAUUCCAGCUUACAUAGUCUUUCUUUCGAAAAUACCUGUGGUGCCCGCAAGCGGCAAACUCGACAAAGCUGCACUGCCACCUUUCGACGUCAGGAAUGAGAAUGACGUCAUCAAUGAGGGUCGAGCCACAACGCCGACGGAGAUAACUAUGGCUACUGUGUGGGGCGACGUUCUGAAAAUUAAGGAUGUCGACAUUCACGAAAGUUUUUUUGAUCUCGGAGGGCACUCACUCCUCGCUGCAGAGCUCACAAACAAGCUGAGUUCGCAGUUCGAGCUCAAGCUCAGCGUUCAUGACCUGUUUGCCUAUCCCACCUUAGCUCUACUCGGUAAGCUUGUGGACGCCAGGAUGAGCGGCAGAGACUCUAAUGAAGUUUCGGAACUUCCGGUGUUCAAGGUCGACCUGCUGGCGGAAGUUAACAAACACGACUAUAUGGUGGUGAACAUCGACAUGCAGUUGCGGGCCUUUUGGCGGAUAUUCGCCUUCUACAACGAACGGCGGUUUGAGAAGGGGCGUGUGCUUCUGACAGGAAGUACGGGAUUCCUGGGAGCCUUCCUGCUCAAGGAGCUGCUGCGGAAAACCAAGAUGUUCGUGUUCUGCUUGUGUCGGGAGCUGCCCGACGCCGACCCCGCCACGCGCCUCCGUCGGUCCCUGGAGAACGUCGGUAUCCUAGCAACCGAGGGACAGACUGGAACGCCGGAUCAACUAAACAUGGAACAGCUGUACAAGAAGCGAGUGAAGGCAAUGAAAGGUGAUGUAGCCCUGAUAAACCUCGGUCUUCCGGACGAGGAUUACGCCUACCUGUGCUCGGAUAUCGACCUCGUCAUCCACGCAGCCGCAAGCGUCAACUUGGUCUACCCCUAUAAUGCACUGGAAGGUCCAAAUGUAAACGGCACGGCCAACGUAAUUAAGUUCGCGUGCUCAGGCAAAGUGAAGCCGAUACACUACAUUAGCACUGACGCCGUAUUCCCGGGCGGCCUGACCGGAUGUAGCGAGGGAGACGACGCUCUAGGGCAUGCGGACGAACUGACGGACGGUUACUCGCAGAGCAAGUGGGUGGCAGAGCAGCUCAUCCGACGGGCGGCACAACGGGGCAUACCCGCCACGAUAUACAGACUCGGUAACAUGUCCGGUGACCGCGAGGCUGCCUUCUGGAACCCCCAGGAUUUCACACUGCUCAUGCUGCAGGCUUGUGUCAAGGUCAGCGCCUCACCGGAUGUGGUGUGGGGCAUGGAAAUGACCCCCGUGGACUUUGCCGCUCAGUUCAUAGUCAGCAUGACGAAGAACGCCUCCCUGUGUAUAGGGAAAACCUUCCAUAUCGUCAACGAUAAACCCAUCCAGUCAAAACUGGUUUUUGAGUGGAUGCGAGCCCAUGGCUUUGCCUUGCAGUUUGUCAAGUUCGACGCAUGGAAGGAGAUGGUCCUUCAGGCGCUUGGGCCGGAUACAGUGGACAGCAGUGUGCGACGGAUGGUAGAAUCUUAUGCCAAGGAUGCGGCGUUCUUUGGCAAUCUGAGCACAUAUCGGGCAGACAACUUCCACAGCUCGCUGGAUAAGCUUGGACUGGAGUACCCGUACACAGACGGUCCGCUGCUCGGCAUCUACUUCCGAUACCUCGCGGAGAGAGGCGUCCUGCAGAGGCGACCUGCGAAGUUUGGAAUCGGUAAUGCUCUGGCGGAAAAGGUUGCCAUAGUUACAGGUGCCUCAAGCGGUAUUGGCAGGGCGAUAGCGGUGGCGCUUGCUGGGGCUGGUGCUAAGGUUGCCUUGGCAGCGCGGCAUGUUGAGAGGCUACAGGAUGUUGAGAGGGAGAUCGUGCGCAACAAUGGUGUGGCUAUCUCCGUGAAAACUGAUGUCACAAACCGGGAGGAGGUAAAGGAGCUGGUACGUCACACAGAGCUCACCCUGGGACCCGCGGACAUUCUGGUGAACAAUGCCGGUGUCAUGUACUACACGCUGAUGAAGAACCUGCACGAGCACGAGUGGGACGCACAGAUAGAUGUCAACAUCAAGGGUUUUACCAACUGUAUAGGCGCUGUGCUGGGUGGGAUGGUAUCAAGGGGUAAAGGUCACAUCAUCAACAUGUCAUCGGAUGCUGGCAGACGGGGAUUUGCAGGCCUAGGGGUCUACUCGGGUACCAAGUUCUAUGUGGAGGGAUUGUCACAGGCCAUGAGACUGGAACUGGCUGGGACGGGAAUCAGGGUAACCUGCAUUCAGCCAGGAGACGUGAAGACGGACCUUAUCACACACUCCACGGACUUGGAGGCCAAGGCCCAGUUUGACGGCAGUGGUAGGUGCAGGGUGCUGGACCCCCAGGACAUUGCCAAUGCUGUUGUGUACGCCGCCUCCCAGCCCAGUCAUGUGGGGCUUAAUGAAAUAUUGAUAGAGCCACGGGAGGCGCCAAUAUGAGCCCGUGGCUGGGAUAAGCAUGACUUUAUUCAUUAUAAUAAUUAGCAUUCAUCACUCAGUAUCUUAAAAUCGGCAUACAGACACAUUUUUGCCUGGACAACAAUGUUUCCAGCAUGUUGCCGUUUUUCAACAUAAUUAUACUUCUGGUGAUAGUUGCCAUGUGUAAUAACGUUGAAGCAGAUUUGUUUAGAUGCUUUUUAUUACGAAGUGCAUGGCGUAAGUGGCUGUAAGUUUAAUAUAACUUGUAGCAAUUGAUUGUAUGAAUGUCUAUGGCACAUUUUGCUGUAGGUGCAACAUUUGUUGACCGUUGUUUAUAUUUGCUCAAAUUCAAUUUAUUAUUAUUGUGUUAUCAUUUUGAUAAAUCCCCAUCCAAAAAAUAAGGAAAAAGAGAGCUUAUACAUGUAAUUGUAUAAUAAAAUAUGUUGGAAUAAAAGCUGCAUAUAUUU